AUGAAUAUUGAAAAUUAAUAAUAGCACUAAUUGUAAAAGAGAAUAAAAGAAAGGUUUGUAUAUGAAGCCAAAUUUUUGGUUGAUUAAUGGAGGUAUUCGUUUUAUUGUAUCAAUAGAUCUAUUUUUGAAUAAAGACACUUUUAAGAUGGAAAAAUGAUCAAAUAUACUCUCGACCAAGCUGCUGAUAUUGUAGGUGUAUCAAGAAAAACUCUAGAAGAUUAUUAUUAUUGCUUAAAAAAAGCAGAGAAAAUAAGUAAACAAUUUAACAUAUAGAGUAGUUGAUAUUAAUUAAUUUAUGAAUUGUAAAAUGGGAGUAAUCCGAAGAAUCAUAAAAGAACAUAAAAAAUAGUCGGAUGAAUAGAAUUUAAUGGAUACAAAUUAAUUCUUCGACUUAGAGAAUGAAAAUAAAGAGCCAAGAAAAAAUAGUUUUGAAUAUGAUGAUUGA